GUGGUGUGGACGUGGCGCUUUUGCGAUGGGCGGCCGUCUUCCCCCUGUCGUGAGGGUAAACUCCAUAGGUUUCUCCUCCAUAGGUUCCUCGUGAGACGAGAGGAUGACCUUGACCUAUAAACAUGUAAUGGUCACGUUGUGCCUGGCGACCAUCCUCGCUCAUCUCUUCUACUCUGAAAUCUACCCAAGACUUUUGUCGUACCGAGUAAACCCUUUAUUGGGUUUACAAGCCACCAAUAUAAGUGCAUGGAAUGUAGACCUGCUACCAUCAGCAAUCAUCAAUACAAGUUCAAGAACCGUGAACGCCUGGAAGGCUUUAGGGGACUCUAAUUUUCCUUAUGAGGAUCCGUUCUCUGAAGGUACAUACUCCGAGAACGUGAAUAUUUUUGUCGACAAGCCCAAGAACGUACACAAACGGAGUUCUCACGAUCCUCCACUGAAGAAGAUCUUAUUUUGGAAUGAAGUAUUCGGAAACCGAUACUUUUAUUUCGGGUUUGGUCGGGAGGCGUUCCUGCGGGCCGGGUGUCGCGUCAACACUUGCACCGUCACGGCUGACCGCUCCAGGUUCCCGCUCCGGGACCUCGAUGCUGUGCUCUUUCACUUCAGGUCCGGUGAUGCUUCCUUUCCAACAGAGCGAUCAGCCCACACCCGCUACGUGUUCUGGCUGCUCGAACCUCCGCCCCACUUCUUCAGAGACCCUAACCCCUACAAGAACGUCUUCAACUGGACAAUCACCUACAGACUUGAUUCGGACUUUCCGCUGCCGUACGGGCGUGUGUUCCGGCGGAGGACUCCGCUGGCCCCUCUUGACCGCAACUACGCAGCCGGUAAAACCAAGAUGGCUGCCUGGUUUGUCUCCAACUGCAACCCCAUCAGUGGCAGGACACAGUUGGUAAAUACGUUGAGGAAAUGGAUCCAGGUGGACCAGUACGGACAUUGUGGGAAGCGGAAGUGUGAGAGGAAGACCGCGAGGAAGUGCUACAAGAUGGUCUCUGACGACUACAAAUUCUACUUCUCCUUUGAGAACUCUCUGUGUCAGGAUUAUGUGACUGAGAAGUUCUUUAACAUAUUAAGGCUGGAGACAGUACCUGUGGUGUAUGGACUGGCCAACUAUGCUCAACACGCUCCUCCACACUCCUACAUCGACGCCCUCAGCUUCCCCUCGGCCAAGGCCCUCGCUGACCACCUCAUCUACCUCAACAACAACGAUACAGCCUAUAACGAAUACUUCAGAUGGAAGAGGUAUCACUGGGUUCCAAAUUUCUUCUCGACCACUGCCAGGACCUACUGCGACCUGUGUGAGCGGCUCCACACCGACAACACCACCAAGAUGUACGAUCUGAAGAACUGGUUCCUUGACGGCUCCCACUGUAAGACCCGCUAUGACAAAGACAUCAGUGCCUUCAUUAAUGGAAACAUCUCCGGUUAUGUCCCACUGCAAGACCACCAACGAUAACAUCACUGCCUUUGUCAAUGGGUACAACAUCUCGUGUUGGUCUCCGCACUCUAGCAUGGACGUGAACUCCCUUGGACGGGUACAGAGGAGGCAUCACCAGGAAUUAGAAAGCUUCCUUACGAAGAGAGAUUACAAAGUCACUAACGUGACUGCGUCAGUCACGUUAGUGUGAUUACUCUCUGUGUAUGGAAAGAGGAGCGUCAGAGAUAUCUUGAGGUUAUCUUGAGAUGAUUUCGAGGCUUUUUAGUGUCCCCGCGGCCCG